CACAUAAAAAAUAAAUGAAUGACCCCCUUCGGCGUGCGCCGGCGUAUGCGGGCAGGGAUGCGCGGCCCCCGGCGCUCCGCGCAGCCCCGCGCCGUAGUAAUUUGCAAGGGGCGGUGCAGGGAUGGGGGGGCCAGGGGAGGUGUCCCGCCCCCCCGAUCACAUGGCGACCCCGCGCAGCCAAUGCGGGGGGCUCUAGGACCCCGGGGACCCGCGGCCCCCCCGCCCUAUAAAUGCCUCUCCAAAAUGCAGCGGGGCUCCUUCCUCUCGUCCCGCCCGGCCGCGCUGCUCUGCGCCCCGUGCCCGCGGGUCUCCGUGCCGGCUCCGCGCCCCGCUCCUUCCCCUUUUUCCUUUUUCCUUUUUUUUUUUUUUUUUUAAAUCUUUUUUUUGUUGUUGUUAAUUUUCUAACACCUCCCCUCCCGUUUUUCUCCUCGCCCCCUCCCCGCGGCCGGUUUGCAUGCAUUGUCUGUCUCCCAAGAUGGUUUGUGAGACCAAGAUUGUGGCGGAAGAUCAUGAAUCAAUCCCGGGAUCCAAAAAAGACACGAUCAUUGUUUCCUCCUCCCAGAUGUGGCCCUCUUUGGCGGGCUCCCCUCCCUCACCCCCACCUCCCCUCACCCCCCCAAAAGAAGACCCCAGGCGCGACAAUGUCUAUAUCCGCGAAUUCCACCCCUCCGAACAGGAGGUGGUGCGCCGCAUCUUUUACGAGGGGAUCAUGGAGCGAAUCCCCAACACGGCUUUCAGGGGUCUCUUUUCUGACAGGUGUCGUUUAUUUCUCUUCCUUAUCUCCAUAGUAAUGUGCUUUGUUGUGACCAAGUCCUUCCUGCUGACCUGCUGUUUGCCCAUCUUUCUGAUGGGCAUGAGGUACUACUUCAGUAGAAAAGUUAUCCUGCACUAUCUCGAUUGUGCGCUGCACACGGACAUGUCCGAUAUUGAGCAAUAUUACAUGAAACCGCCAGGUUCCUGCUUCUGGGUCGCCGUCCUGGACGGCAACGUGGUGGGGAUCGUGGCAGCGCGGGGCAACGAGGAGGACAACACGGUGGAGCUGCGGCGCAUGUCCGUCGACUCCAACUACCGCGGCAAAGGCAUCGCCAAGGCGCUGGGCCGCAAGGUGCUGGAGUUCGCCAUGCUCAACAACUACUCCUCCGUCGUGCUGGGCACCACGGCCGUGAAGAUGGCAGCCCACAAGCUCUACGAGUCCUUGGGCUUCAAGCACGUGGGUGUUGUUGAACAUUACGCCCUGCCAGGGAUGACACGCUCCUUACUGGAGAGAAUGUUUUUCCAGGUCCGCUACCACCGCUACCGCCUGCAGCUGCGGGAAGAAUAAAAAAACACCCCCCUCCGACCAAAACAAAAAAAAAGAAAAAAAAAAAAAAGAAAUAUUUUUCCCCCCUUCCUCCCUCUUCAAAAAGAAUAAAUCCCCAUUCUAUUCUCAUCACCAUUGAUUUGCCAGUUCUGGGUUAGAGUUUUUGUACCCUCACGUCACGUUUUGGUUGGCUCCGUUGAGCUCGACGGGCCGGCCGAGCAGCGCCCCUUCCUCGCAUGCUGCAGGUGGUGGUGCUGGGAUCCUGCACCCGGCGGGGCGGAGCGGAGCAGCGGCCUCUCCUUGCCAGGUACCUCCGUAAAGCACAGAAACUUACUGCAAAAUAGUCCAACUGCUCUGGUGUACAUAGUCCUCUCCUUCUCCAGGUGUAAGAUAACAUAGUGAUGCAUUCAUAAUAGUGCAGAAAUAUCACUUGAAUGCGGUUUUCAGUAUUCCACGCACCAGUAAGUAGAAUAUGCAUUCCUCUUACCGUAACCUACAGGUUAAUAGUUUUCAGAGAAAAGGUGGGGGGUACUCCCUGCCCCCGCCCCACCCGCUUGCUGCAAUGCAUGAAGAGGAAAGCGCACGCACUCCGACACAUCGCGCUGCCACCACGGCACUGGUGUUGCACUUUUUUUGGAUGUUCCUCAUUCUGCCAAAUGUCUGAGAGACCCCGGGUGCAUCCGGUAACCACGACUCCACUCCAGCUCCCCUCCUUCCUAAGCCAGCACAGACUCGGACCGGCUGAGCUGAGCCCAUUGUACCAUAGUGUGAAGUUCAGAUCAAACCUGAGUAUCUCCUGCGCUGUUCCGUAGCCACGCGCAACCUGCAGUCCUGGGCCAGACUCCGCAUGUGCGUUGGACUUUCUCUUUGCUGCCUUUUGGGGGUUUUUGUUUGUUUUCAUCUUAUUUUUAAGGGUUAUUUUUUUGUUGUCGUUGUUGUUAUUUUUAGUUUUGGCUUUUGCUGAAUGGUGUCGCUGAGGCGUAAUGGAGGCUGCAGUUCCUAUGGCAACACAUUUGCACAUUAAUGUGCGCACCAAAUCUCACCACUUCAGAGAAGCAACGUGUGACAGAUAAUAGCAUUUUGGGGAGCGCCGGGGUGGGGGGAGCGUACUUAUUAUCUUAACCAGCUGCUUGUUUGAUAAAUGUAGAUGGCCUCACUGCAGCCUUCCAUCAAAGGUAAUUAACUGCUUUAAUGAUGUCAGAUUUGUGAAUUGUACAAUGCAAAAAGCAAUGCAAAGCAGAUUCGGCAUGUGUCUGUACCCGGUAUGUAUGUACAGUGCCUGCCAACUAAAGAAUAACCAAGACUACAGCUUCUUCUAGCCUGAGAUAUCAACUUUUAUAACUUAUUUAAACAAAUAGCAACUUUGCAUGAAUUACAUCUUGGGGAAAAAGAAGACUGGUAGGUUUUAAUUUUUAAAGCGUGGUAUCAGAGGUAUUACAGAAAACCAUUUCGGGCUGCACUCAAUUUUGGGUGGGUAGAGGGGUUUGGCUCUACUAAUACACUUAAAGUAAAACCCCUUUAGUUACUGGGAAAAACAAUUAUUAUUUUAUGAAGUAUUAUGCAUGUGGUGAGGGGGGAAUCCCCCCCACCUCAUCACGAUGAAGCUGGUGAAGGGGUAGAGCGUGUGUUAACCACGCUUGCACAUGGAGAGUCAGCAGGAGAGCUGCAGAGGGAAGGAGCCUUGGGGUGUGGGGAGAGUACAGGAGCCCUGGGGCAGACUGGGGAGCAGACAGCACAGACCUUGCACGUGGGGUGCUGUCUGUCCCACUCCUGCUAGGAGCUGCCCUUUCCUCUCCAGCUGGAAGCUUCCCCAGCACUGAGGUGUGGCCGGCGAUGCUGAUGGAGAGCAGAGGGGACAGGGCUCAGCCCAUCCCUGCAGGGCCAUGGGCCAGGCACUGAUGCUGGGAUGGAGAAACCAUUUGGCACCACCCCAGUUGCCCUUUCAGUGCUUGGCUUGGGCUCAGUCCAGCCUGUGAGGAGUCGGAGGGGCAGAGUCCCAGCGUGUGUCCCAGCAAUAAGGAGGUAGUGAGGAUUGUGAAGGACACUGUAGCAAGAGACCAUGAGUUUAAUUAACAAAAUUUCUUUAUGGGGCACUAUAUUUUUUAAAAGUCUUUCUAUGCUGUACAUUUCUCCUGAAGCUGAAAUAAUGUACUGUUGGUAGGGUUCUUGUAUAGUGUACAGAAAUUGGCAGAAUAUUUUCUUGCUGCAUUCAGUGAUUUAUUAACCGAAGUAAAACAGACAAAUAUAAAGUGUUAGCAAAAGUUGAAAGAAAAAACUCAAAAGUUUGUGCCUUUUUUAGUUUAUUUUUCUGUUGCUAAUAAUCACUGCACUAAAACCUUUCCAGAGGGGUAAAAAAAAAAACAAAAAGCAAAACCUAGUCUCUUAAUAAGGGAAGGAUAUGUAAAGUCUAAAUUGAGCAUUAAUUUUUUUUAUUAGGCUAUUUAAUUAAACUGAUGUUGCUGGUUUUAUUUGAUACCUGUGCCUUUGAAAUAAAACUCCACAUCCUGUCAGAAAAUCCAAACCUGGAAUAAAUCCCACCAGAUCCCACAGACACAGAAGUACCAUCAGGUUUACCAGUAUUUUCUUCUAAAACGUGUAAAGUUUAACUGAUGAUAUUACAGUAGCUGAUCGUAAUAGCUGUUGAGUUUCCUGGGAAGAGGUGCUUUGGAAAGGUGUGGUUUUGGGGGUGCUGUCUGCAUUCCUCCCCAGCACACGGAAAUGCACUGAUAAGGAUUGAGUUGUUGCCACUUGGCCGGUAGCUGCCAAGAAAAUUUAUUCCCUUAAUGCUUCUGCCAGUUGCUUUGUGACCAGGCUUUUUGGAAGAAAUCCAGCUGGUGGCUCCCAGCUCUCCAGCCAGGACAGCUUGUUUCUGAAGGAAAGGGCUGGCUGCCAAAUAGGCUGGGAUCUGCUCUCCUUGGAAGAUGGUGCAGGCUGCCAGAGCUGCAUCCCUGGUGGCAGCAGUGGGACAGGGGUGCACAACCUCCUGCAUUGUUGCUGCUCUCCCACCCACAGCUGCCAAGGUUGGGCUUAAAAGCACCACGUGAUACUGUUGUUUUGUCUGCAUUCAUGGGAAGUUUCCCAAAUGUGAUAGCUCAGGCACAGCUCUGGGGUCAGGGGUGCUGGUUCUGGACCCUGCCAGGCUCACCUGGUGCCAGGGAGGUGUGUGGGCAGACCACAGUGUAGCUCACAGGGUGACACGUUGAGGUCGAGCUGCCUUUGGCAGAUCCAGCCCUCUGCUCUGCAUCUUCCACAGUGCACUGGUUUAAACAGAGUGCUUGGAAAAGAUCAGCACAGCCCCUUCUCCGGGCCUGAGCAUCAUCCCCUGACUCUCCCCAUCCCAGUUCAGUGGCUGAGUGGGUGAGGAGCAGCACGAGGUAGCUGUGGGUUUGGUCCUGAGCAGAAGUGGUCUGGACCUGUUGCCAGUCCUUGAGUCUUGAUUCCAACAGAUACUCAUAUCAGUGUGAGAUGGGAGGGGAUUUUCCUGUUUUAUUUUGGGGGUUUCUCUUUCCAAGGACAACACUGGCAGGAGUGUGAGGAAGAGUGGAGCAUCUCUUGGCCUUGAGCCUAAGGUUAGUAAACCUUAGGUGGUGAAGUAAGACCAGUUCAGAUUUAGGUGGAGGAUGUAUUAGAGAUGUGAAGGCACUUCCACAGCUGCUCUGACUUUGCAGUGCAGGUGGGCUGUCACAGCCCCCUGCCCUCGUGCUGCCUGCAGAGAUGCAGUUUCCUCACCUGGCUGCUCUCUCCUUAGAGUGGGGCUUUUUUUGCUAUUCCCUGUGCACUAGACACUACUCAAGUGUCCUUUGCUUGGAGGGGCUUGGGACAGAGCCCUUGCUCCCUGAGGAAAGCACUAGAUAUCAUGUCCAAAAGUUUUAAAAAAGAAAAAAGAAAGAAGGGAAACUUGCAUUACUGUAGCUGAGGUCCACAGACUUGGGGUUGCCCCAGCCCUCCAUCACAGCCUGGGCCAUUCCCUGUGGAGUGAGUGGGAGCUCCUUCCACACCCUGAGCAAACUGGCAUCUCAAGCACAUGUCCUAUUUGGCAAUAAGCUCUCUGGGAAGCUUGGCCCCUGAACACAUCCAGGCUGGUAAUGUUAAGUAAUCAAAGCAACAAAGAAAGUGGUUUCAAAUCUAACCUGAAACCCUUAAAUUUGUAUUUGUUGUAAAUUCAUUCUGUGCUUUCCCCUCUGUGGAGCAGACAGCACCUGCAAGAUGCUUAGGAAUGGUAAUUGUGUCUCUGCUGGGAGAUGCAGAAAAGUUCAGGGCAUUUCCAUCAGUGGAAAGCUGUUCUU